AUGCAUAGCGUCACUAGAUUCCUGAUUGGGCUUUCGGCCCUUUUGCCUGCACUGGCAACGCCUACAGGACAUACCAAGAACUGUGUCCAGCUCCAAAUUCCCGUGACAGCGUCAGCCAACAAUACCCGUUACAACUCUGUCAAAGUCGAAAGCAACAUCGACCUCGUAGACUUUGUCUGGGACACUUCGACCUGGUCACACACCAACAGGAGUACAGAAGUCCUUCCUGUUCACGGGACUUAUUCCAUCAGUGCUCAACUCUGCAUUCCCGCCAAUGGCAAGAAGUCGCAUGUUUUACAGAUUGCGACCCAUGGGCUUGGCUUUGACAAGAGAUACUGGGAUCCUGAGCUCAAGCCUGAGGAAUACUCCUAUGUCGAUGCUGCUCUUUCGAAAGGUUACUCCAUCCUUACUUAUGAUCGUCUUGGAACCGGCAAGUCCACUAAAGCCGACGGGUAUAGCGAGGUCCAGCUUGGGUUACAGGUCGCAAUCCUGAAAGAACUCACUGUUCUUGCACGGGACGGAAAGCUUCUGGCAUCAUCCAAAGUUCUGGGCAAGGGCCCUGAGAAGUCCUUUAACAGUUACAAACCCAAGAAGGUCGUUCACGUAGGACACUCCCUUGGCUCCGCCACCACAAGUGGUCUCCUCUCUCUCCAUGGCAAUGUCAGCGAUGGCGCUAUCCUGACUGGCUUUCUUCCCAACAACCAGAGUGGCAAAGUCGGUGCUAAUGCGUUCGGCUUUGAGUUUGCGCGACAGCACGAUCCCAGGCGUUUUGGCGACCGUCCUGCUGGAUAUGCCGUCCAAGCUAGUUUGAGCAGCAUCCAGCAAAUCUUUCUCAAGAAAGGAUCCUUUGAAGUCGAGGCGCUUGAGUAUGCUGAGAAGAUCAAGCAGACAGCGUCUCAUAUCGGUGUACACUUGCAGCCCGGUACAGGCCAUGGUCUCACUCUUUCGACUAAUGCUACGGCGGGUUAUGAGGUCAUGCUUGCCUACUUGGGCUCUCAAGGUUUCUAG